AUGGCGCUCCUCGUCGAUAAGCUGCGUCCGCGGACGCUUGAUUCGCUUUCAUAUCACCCCGAGCUCUCAGACCGCCUGCGGUCUUUGGCCCAGAGCGGAGAUUUCCCUCAUCUUUUGGUCUAUGGUCCAUCUGGCGCGGGCAAAAAGACGCGCAUUAUCGCUACUCUGAAAGAACUGUACGGCCCGGGUGUGGAAAAGAUCAAGAUCGACGCCCGAGUUUUCCAAACCACCAGCAACCGCAAACUAGAAUUUAACAUCGUCUCUUCCGUCUACCACCUCGAGAUUACUCCCGCCGAUGUCGGAAACUACGACCGAGUCGUUAUCCAGGAAUUACUCAAAGAAGUGGCUCAGACGCAGCAGGUGGAUCUGUCAGCGAAACAGCGGUUCAAGGUGGUCGUGAUUAACGAAGCCGAUCACCUCACGCGCGAUGCCCAGGCCGCGCUGAGAAGAACAAUGGAGAAAUAUAGUCCUAACCUCCGCUUGAUUCUUUUGGCCAACAGCACAUCCAACAUUAUUGCUCCGAUUCGGUCGAGGACUUUGCUGGUCAGGGUUGCUGCACCUUCCGAAAACGAUAUCUGCUCUGCACUACGGAUUGCUGCGAAGAAAGAGGGCUGGACUGAAGUUGAUGGAUUGAACAAGCGAAUUGCGAAGGAGAGUGGACGUAAUCUACGUCGGGCACUUCUCAUGUUUGAGUCCAUCUACGCGCAGAAUGAGAAAGUCACAGAAAAGACUUUGAUUCCGCCCCCGGAUUGGGAGGCUGUGAUUCAAGUGACAGCCGAUGACAUUCUGGCAGAUCGGUCACCCGCUCGUCUGUUGGAGGUGCGCACCCGCCUCUAUGACCUUUUGACUCACUGCAUUCCCCCGAGUACUAUCCUCAAGACUUUGACUUUCAAGCUUGUCGCGCGUGUCGACGAUGCUCUCAAGCCUGAUGUGAUUAAGUGGUCUGCUUUCUAUGAACACCGAAUUAAGCUGGGAAGUAAAGUAAUCUUCCACCUCGAAGCCUUCGUGGCCAAAUUCAUGCGCAUCUAUGAAAGUUACUUGAUGGGAAUGGGCAUCGAUCUCUGA